ACAGUCGUCGUCGUCAAGCGGCGUCAGAGAAAGUCUCUCUCUCUGUGUUUAACUGAAAAAAAUGCAAUCUGGCGGCGAUUUCAGCAAUGGUUUCCAUGGCGACCAUCACCGCGAGCUCGAAUUGGAAGACAAGCAAGUCCCCGGUCUCAGUUCUUUUGGCCGAGCCAAGAGGCGCAGUCACGCCGGAGCUCGUGACCCUAGAGGCGGUCUCGCCAAUGUGCUUAGGGUUCCCGACCAGCUUGGCGAGCAGAAGUCACUGGAGACUUCAGAAUCUCCUCCUCCGCCUUGUACUGACUUCGACGUUGCCUACUUUCAUUCCUAUGCUCACGUUGGGAUUCACGAAGAGAUGAUCAAGGACCGGGCAAGGACAGAAACUUAUAGGGAAGCCAUAAUGCAGCAUCAGAGCUUAAUUCAAGGCAAGGUCGUGGUGGACGUUGGCUGUGGAACAGGCAUCCUUUCAAUCUUCUGUGCUCAAGCAGGAGCAAAACGGGUUUAUGCUGUAGAUGCAAGUGAUAUUGCUGUCCAGGCAAAGGAAGUUGUGAAAGCCAACGGUUUAUCCGACAAGGUCAUUGUCUUGCAUGGGAGAGUGGAGGACGUUGAAAUCGACGAGGAGGUUGAUGUUAUAAUUUCAGAGUGGAUGGGUUACAUGCUCUUGUAUGAGAGCAUGCUGGGAAGUGUUAUUACAGCUAGAGAUCGCUGGUUGAAGCCUGGAGGUUUAAUUCUCCCAUCACAUGCAACAUUAUACAUGGCACCUGUUUCACACCCUGACAGAUACAGUCACAGCAUUGAUUUUUGGCGCAAUGUUUAUGGAAUCGAUAUGUCUGCCAUGAUGCAAUUAGCUAAACAGUGUGCGUUUGAAGAACCCAGCGUGGAGUCCAUAUCAGGCGAGAACGUUCUAACAUGGCCAGAAGUGGUUAAACAUAUAGACUGUAAAACUAUAAAAAUCCAAGAGCUAGACUCCGUUACUGCAAGAUAUAAAUUCAACUCAAUGAUGAGAGCUCCUAUGCAUGGUUUUGCAUUUUGGUUCGACGUUGAAUUUAGCGGACCGGCCUCUUCGCCUGCCAAGAAUACUAGUGAAACCAGUAUUGCUAGUGGUUCUUCGUUGAUAAGUCCUUCUGGAGAAGUAAAUCAGAAGAAGCGGACUAAUCCGAGUGAUGCACUUGUGUUGUCCACCUCUCCCGAGUCUCCUCCAACGCAUUGGCAGCAAACAAUUGUAUAUUUCUAUGACCCUAUAGACGUAGAGCAAGACCAAGUCAUUGAAGGGUCUGUGACACUUUCUCAAAGCAAAGAGAACCGGAGAUUCAUGAACAUCCACCUCGAAUAUUCCUCGGCCGGCCGUUCCUUUGUAAAAGAGUCAGUAAUGCGUUAAGGAGGCGAUUCUCUGACAAUCUCUCCUUACCUUAGAAGUCCUGUAAGGUGUAGUCUCUUCUGCUAAAGCAAUUAUUAGUCCAGAAAUUGCAGAACCAACAAUUGAAGACGUUGACAAACACAAACUAUUUUUAGUCUGCGAAAACACCAGUUCUUGUAAGAUUAUUUAGGUUUUAGAUCAGAUGGAAGCAAUUUUAGGACAUUGUUCUUGACGCUAUUCUUAGCUUGUU